ACUAUAAUUAUACGCCAAGAUGAACAUACGCUGCGCCAAGCCCGAAGACCUCAUGACCAUGCAGCACUGCAACCUUUUGUGCCUGCCAGAGAACUAUCAAAUGAAAUACUAUUUUUACCAUGGACUCACGUGGCCCCAGCUUAGCUAUGUGGCUGUUGACGACAAGGGCGGCAUUGUCGGCUACGUGCUGGCCAAGAUGGAGGAGCCAGAGCCCGGCGAGGAGAGCAAUCACGGACACAUUACCUCACUGGCGGUCAAGCGUUCCUAUCGCCGUCUCGGCCUCGCACAAAAGCUAAUGAACCAAGCCUCGCAGGCCAUGGUGGAGUGCUUCAAGGCUCAGUAUGUCUCGCUCCACGUGCGUAAGAGCAAUCGUGCUGCUCUUAACCUCUACACCAACUCGCUUAAGUUCAAGAUCAUUGAGGUGGAGCCCAAGUACUAUGCGGAUGGCGAGGAUGCCUAUGCCAUGCGUCGUGAUCUUGGCGAAUUCGCUGACGACGACAAAGCGAAGUGUGAUGAGUCUGAUGCAGCGGGUAAUAAUAAGAAUAUAUAUAGAGGCACCUCUGGCGCGCACAAUCAUAGUGGUCAUGAUGGUCAUUGCUGUUGAAACGUGCAGGUUUAUUUGCGAAAUAGAAACGCAGGCGGAUGCGUUAAAUAGUUUUGCAUUUUUAUGCGUUAGAUUUUGUAAUUAAUGAACACAUAAAACGUAAUUAAAAUUAAA